UGUGAACAUGGACUCACGGAGAUCCAAACCCAGCACUGCUCCUCACAAGCUAAUGACACAUAUCUGAGCAGCGGGUCUGAGCUGAUGCAGAGGUUCAACAUUCCACAGGUGCUGGUUCAUGAGCCAUGACAGGGUCAGGGUGUGGGCUGCAGUGCGGGCUAUAAAACCCGAGGUCGUGCCGACCCGUCCUGAGUGUGAAUGCAGAGUAGCAGCGGCCCCAGUUUUCAGAUUUCUGUUUUUUUCCCUGCAGAGGACAACAAGCUGCCAGCAUGAGCCGCAGCCCAGAGAGGAUCUCGUCCUAUCGCCGUCACUUUGAGGACAGCGCAAGCUCGUCCUACCAGGUCAGAGUGUCCAGUCCGUCCCCCACCAGGCGGGAGACCCGUCACGGCUCAGCCGGCUGCUCCUGCAGAACAGGAGCCGGCAGUGUGCGUGUGGAGUCGGUGGGACGGCGCACGGUGUCAGCCGCACGCAGACCUCGCCUGGUUGGAGCAGGAGUGAGUGCUGGAGCUUUGGUCUGUGUCGGGCCCCAUGGAGAGAUUCCUGUGGAUCUGGACGUGGCCUCGGCUGAGAACCAGGAGUUCCUCAGCACCAGAACAAGCGAACGUCAGGAGAUGAUUGUCCUCAAUGACAGACUGGCUGUAUACAUCGAUAAGGUUCGAUCACUUGAGCAGCAGAACAAACUACUGGAGGCAGAGAUCGAGGCCUACCAGAACCGCUUCCAGAAGCCAACAGGUCUGCGCCUCUUAUACGAAGAGCAGCUGAGGGAGCUGAAAAUGAUCGCCGACCAGAUGAGAGUCCAGCGGGACGUUUCCUUGGUGGCAAAGAAGUCUGCAGCUGCCCAACUGGAGGCGAUGAAAGUUAAAUACGAGGAGGCGGUUGAGCAGAGGAAGAAGGCCGAGGCAGACAUAGAAGCUUUCCGUCCAGAUGUGGACAAAGCCACGUCUUCACGGAUCACCAUGGAGAAGAAGCUGGAGCAGCUGGAAGCUGAGAUUGAAUUCCUGACACGCGUCCAUCAACAGGAAAUUGAUGAGCUGAUGAAGCAGAUCUAUGCGGCUCACGUCUCGGCUGAGGCUGCGUUCGCUCUGCCUGACCUGGCAGCCGCUUUGAAACAAAUCCAAAAGCAGUAUGAUGACAUUGCUUCCAAAAACCUCCAGGAGAUGGACUCGUGGUAUAAAAACAAGUUUGUAGAUCUAACCCAGAAGACAUCAAGACAUGUGGACAGGAUUCGAAGUGUUAGAGAAGAAAUAGCAGGUGCCAAAAAAGACAUCCAAAGCAAAGAGCGUGACUUGGAUUCUCUGAGGACCAGCAAUGAAGCUCUUGAAGCCAAAAUCCGAGAGAGACAAGAAAAGUAUAAGAAGGAAUUGGAAGACCUGCAGGCUCAGAUUGAGGUCCUGCAGCUUGAGCUCAAAUCCACCAAGGAGAAGAUUGCACUGCACCUACGUGAGUACCAGGACCUGCUGAAUGUCAAGAUGGCUCUGGAGAUUGAGAUCACCACUUACAGAAAGCUGAUUGAAGGAGAGGACCUGCGGCUCUCUGGCAUGAUACAAACACUGUCUCUGACCAGCUGUAGCAUGAACGCCAUUGAUGCUGGGAUGGGCACAGGUUUAGGUGGAGGAGGCAUGGGUGGUGGAAUGGGCAGUGGAAUGGGCGGAGACAUGAGCAGUAGUAUGAGCGGUGGCAUGAGUGGUGGCAUGAGCGGUGGCAUGGGCGGUGGAAUGGGCAGUAGUGUGAGCAUUGGCAUGGGCAGUGGAAUGGGCAGUAGUAUGAGCGGUGGCAUAGGCAGUGGAAUGGUUGCAGACAUGGGCAGUGGCAUGGGCAGCAGCAUAGGAGGUGGACUGGGUGGUGGUGGUUUUGUAGGCAUGGGGAGUGGACCAGGAACAGGUGUAGGAGGCCAAGGUACAGGUUCAGGCAGCGCUGCCAGAGGACAAAGUGGAAGAAUGGGUCCUGUAAGUCCAGAUGACAGGAAAGGACCUACCAGUAGGAUUGGUGUGGCUGACGUUGGUGGUGGUCAUGGAUUUGGAGUUGGAGAUGUGGAUGGAGGAGUUGGAGGAGGAGUGGGUGUGAGUGCAGGAAUUUCUGGAGGGGGUGACAGGGGAAAUUUGGGGUUUGGUGCAGGAGUGAAGAGUGAUAGUGGUGUCACAGUGAGUACAGGAGGUGGCAGAGCAGGCUCAGGGGACACGGGUGUUAUAGGUGGGGGUACAGAUGAACGGACAGGAGGUGGAACCUCUAGAGGCAAGGAUGGAGACAGGGGUAAAGACCAUGGAAUGGCUUCUGCCGGAAGAGGAAGAGAUGGAGGAACUGCAGGCAGUGGAGUUGUGAAGGGUGCAGGGAAAACAGCUGGAGAUGAUGUAGGAGUUGUUGUAUCUGGCAGUGGGGGAACUGGUGUAGGAAUUGGUGGUACUGGAAUAAGAUACGGAUCAGAUGACUAUGAUCGCAACAUCGAAUCCUACACAACGCAGGCGGUGGAGGUGACCGAAAGAAGGACGGUGCUCAUUAGAACCGUCAAAAAUGAGGACGAUGAGGUGGAGGUGGACCACCAGGAACAGACCUACAUCGUCAGUGGUGCAGCCGAUGAUUCUGACAAUGAGUAAGCGUGAAUUCCCGAGCGACCUCCUCUCAUGCUUCAGCCACCACGCCCCUCUGAGCUUUGCAAUGACCAAACCACAUGUCUGGGCGCUGACCUUUGCCCUUUGUCCUGGACAA